AUCACCAGUUCUCCCUCUCUCUCUUUCUUCCUCUCUGAGAACCGAUAGUAAUUACAUCUACGCUUGAUCCGACCUUAUCAAUGACUUUAGAAGACCCCGCAGCCUACCUACGCACUCUUCCGGCCGUGCGCGAGCGCACCCGUUUGGUGUACGCGCAGGCCGAGCGCGGGGCACUCACGAACUUUGAUCUCGACCCGACCAAACUCGACGCCGUGGUCUCCUACGUAUCCGCCAUCAUCGAGCGCGAUUUCGCGCCGGACUACAGCAAGAUCCCGCCGCAUGGGCGGUGGGGGAAUUUCGACGCGGGCGGGUACCCGCGGAUCCAGGGAUUGCUCGAUGAGUGGGCUGCGAGCGGGGUGCCGGAGGAGGAGGUCGUGAGGCGGCUUGUUGAUUUGUUUUUGAUCUCGGUGUUGCUUGAUGCCGGGGCGGGGAAUAAAUGGGUCUACACUGAGGCUUCUACGAACUUCUCGAUUGGCCGGAGCGAAGGUACCGCGGUGGCGAGUUACUACCUUUUCAAGUCCGGUCUGCUGUCUUCGGAUCCGACCAAUCCGUACCAGGCCGACGCGGCGGCGUUGAAGGAUCUUGAUGUCGCAAAGGUGCUCGAGCAGAUCCAGCAUUCUGAAGCGAAUCCGAUCGAUGGGCCGACUGGCCGCGUCGAGCUGCUAAGAAGUCUUGGGCAUGCUCUCGAGGCUAGUCCGCAGUUCUUUGGAUCGAUCGGAAGACCGGGAAAUAUGUUUGACUACCUCAUCCAAAACUCGACGCCAACCCCAGACGGCAAGCACCAGGUCUCUCUCCCCACGAUCUGGGAGGUGCUCAUGACAGGCCUCAACCCGAUCUGGCCCAAAGGCCGCACGGUCAUCAACGGCGUCCCGAUCGGCGACGCCUGGCCGUGCUCGUCCAUGCCCCAGGACGGCGAGGAGUGGGAGAAAAUUGUUCCAUUCCACAAGCUCAGCCAGUGGCUCUGCUACUCGAUCCUGGUCCCGCUCGAACGACACGGGAAUAUCGUGUUUACCGAGAAAGAGAUGCAAACCGGACUUCCAGAGUAUCGCAACGGCGGACUACUUGUCGACCUCGGUCUUUUAAAGCUCAAGCCUGCGGUCGUCGAGAAGGGAUUAUCCAACUACGCCGCUCUAGGCGCGGUUAAAGAAGACGAGGUGCCAAUCUUCCUCCCCGACGACGACGUCAUCGUCGAGUGGCGCGCCAUGACGGUCUGUAUUCUCGACAAGCUGCUGCCGCUUGUGAACGAGAAGCUCGGGAUAGCGGGGACUAAGGACGAGCUGAUUCUCGCGCAGUUGCUCGAGGCGGGGACGUGGAAGGGCGGACGCGAGGUUGCUGCGAAGCUGAGGCCGGAGAGUCGAGGGCCGCCGAUUGCGAUCAAGAGCGAUGGCACUUUGUUUUAGCUGUUUUUACAGUAGAUCUUAUGUGUAUUACUAUUAUUCUAUUAUAUAUUCAACAACUGCAUCUAUUACUAUACAGCUCUUUAUGGUCUCUUUGAUCCUCAGGGGUCUCGUCUGUGGCUGAGCUGUGGCUGAACCACUGCCACUUCGUCUUCUAUCGCAUUCAACUCCCAAUCCCUCCGCAGCCC